AUGCGUGAGACAUUUUAUAGUAUUGCUAAGAUCUAUUACCUGGUCAUUGCUAUCAUUGGUGUUCCUGUUAACGUGUUCACGAUUGUGAUCCUUGCCUGGAGAAAGUGUGGCCUCUCCAUCUGCAGCACUCGCUACCUGAUAGCCAUGGCAAUGGCUGAUCUGCUGGUGAUUAUCACUGAGAUCAUACUGAGGCGGCUCAAUUCUUAUUACUUUCUAUUUUGUUUCCUGAAUAUCGUCCCUGUGUGCAGCAUCAUUGCUGUCCUAAUUCGUGCAGCUGUAAACUGCUCUGUCUGGUUCACUGUGACUUUCUCAUUUGAUAGAUUUGUGGCCAUUUGUUUCCAGAAGCUAAAGACAAGAUAUUGCACUGCGAAAAAUAUGAUUGUGGUUCUUGCAACAACCUGCGCCCUGCUCUGUUUAAAAAAUGUUCCCUUCUUCUUUGUAUUUGAACCCGGGCUGAGAAUUGACCGUGCAUCCUGGGACUGCUAUAUUAAACCAAGUUACUUCACUGAGCCUGGGUGGGUCAGAUUUCGCUGGUUUGACAUGAUCUUAACUCCAGUGCUCCCAUUUGUUUUAAUUCUGCUUCUCAAUGCUCUGACAGUCAGGCACAUUUUACAGGCAAGUCAACUCCGCAAAGGACUGAGGGGUCAUCGAAGCCCAGGGGAUCACCGUGACCCAGAGGUGGAGAGCAGAAGGAAAUCUGUGGUAUUACUCUUCACUGUUUCUGGUAGCUUCAUCAUCCUUUGGUUGGUUAUUGUUAUUGAUAUUUUGUAUGGUGAAUUUGCAGGAAAACAGCCUCUUGAUUACAACCAUUCAGAAUAUAUAUUUCACGAAGUGGGAAUCAUGCUACUGAAUUUGAGUUGCUGCACCAACACAUUCAUUUAUGGAGUGACUCAGUCCAAGUUUCGAGAACAGCUCAGGAGCAUGGUGACAUAUCCACUUACAGCAAUUGCUCAUUUCAUGAAGUCGUGGAUUCGUUCGCCGAGCCGUUCCUCUGGUAACGUUUCGACACCUCGCUAG